CUAGCGGAAGAAUAAAGAGAUGUAGAGCAUGUAAAUGCAGAUGAUCUGUAUCUGAAAUUUUCCGUCCUUUUUUAGGUUACUUUUCAAUUCUAGGGUCUUCUCCCUACCUUUCUCCUUUGCCAUCAUUGGCCCUUGAAUGCUGAUUAUUUCCCAAAGAUUAAUCCUUUCUCAACGGGAUUACCCGUUUUUUUUUCGAUUCUUCCUCUCCUGUUAAAAGCGGUGCUACAAAGAUUGCGACUUUCUUGCUCUUUUCCUGCGCGAUUUGAGGUUCUCGUAAAAUGGGUCAUUCAUUGUGAAAAUCCCCAUUCCAGAUCCCUCUUUUGCCAGCAUUCACAUCUGAAAUCUGGGUUCAAUUCAUCGCCGCCGAUGGCUACCCUGGUCCCCGGGGUUCUGUUGAAGCUUCUCCAGCACAUGAACACCGACGUGAAAGUUGCAGGAGAGCACAGAUCGUCUCUGCUGCAAGUGGUGAGCAUCGUUCCCGCGCUUGCGGGAAGAGAUCUCUUCCCCAACCAAGGAUUCUACCUGAAGGUAUCGGAUUCCUCUCACGCCACUUAUGUGUCUUUGCCCGAUGAAGAACACGAUCUCAUACUCAGUGAUAAGAUCCAAUUGGGUCAGUUCAUUCAUGUUGAGCGCCUCGAAUCUUCUUCCCCAGUGCCUAUCCUCAAAGGGGUUCGGCCUCUCCCAGGGCGACACCCUUGUGUUGGCACCCCUGAGGAUAUAGUUGCUGCCAAUUCUUUAGGGUUCCUGAAUAAUAAUGGAAAUCUCGGUUCAGAUAAGCAUCAAGACAAAUCUAAGAGUAAAUCUCAGUCGGUGGCGAGUAAAUCUGGUGUUUUGAGAUCGAAUGGCAGUGCAAAAGAGGAGAAAACAGAAAAGAGAGGGUCAGCAUUGGCUAAAUCAAAGUCUCAUUUGUCCAAGCUUGCAUUAACUCUAGUAGUUGACAAGAAGAAGGAUUCUUCAUUGAAGUCUAACAAGUCGUCUGGUUCGAAAUCAAUACCUUCUUCUCCAACCAGCUGUUACUCGUUACCGAAUUCUUUUGAGAAGUUCUCAAAUGGGGUUAAGCAGCAGACAAAGAUUAAGGGGUUGGAAAGGUUAGAGAAGUCCGGUUCAGUUCGAGGGACGAGUCCAACUACAAAGAAGGUGUUGCGUGGGGAUUCUGCAAAGAAUAUGGGGUUAGGGAUUGAAUUCUCAGGGCCCAAGGCAUUGAGAAAGAGCUGGGAAGGAGGGAACAUGGAUGUAAAGGGCGGUAGAGAGAGUCCCAGACUGAAGGUUAUCCAACGUGGCUUGAAGCCUGAAGCUCGGAGUACUUCGGCUCCAAGAAAAUCAACAAGUGAAAGGAUGCCAUCAAGGGAAGAAAACAAGGAUUUUUCUUUUAAGCCGUUUUCCAAGGAGGAAAAUAGAAACGCAGGUGCUAAAAAGAUUUCUACCAAAGCAGAGCCUGUUGAAUUAGAAAGUUCUAACAAGUUAAAAGCUUCUUCUGCAAAGAAGUUAUGUGGGGAGGUCAAUAAUGGUUUUCCAGGAAAUUUGGUAAAAGUUCCUAUCAGUAACAGGAGAUUAACAGAUGCAAGUGCUUCCUGGUCUCCUCUGCCGUCUUCUCUUGUGAAGCUCGGAAAGGAGGUUCUGAAGCACAGAGAUGCUGCUCAGAUGUCGGCAAUUGAGGCAAUGCAAGAGGCUUCGGUUGCUGAAAGUUUGCUGAGAUGCCUAAGCACGUAUUCUGAACUGAACUCGUCAGCGAGAGAAGAUAACCCACAGCCUGCUGUUGAACAGUUCUUGGCCCUACAUUCUAGCUUGAACAAUGCUCGGCAGGUUGCCGAUGCUCUAUCCAAGACCACAGCCACUAUCGCUGAUCAAGAAGAAGAUGAAAAGCCGGUGUGUGAUGAAUCAGAAAAGUUAACAUCUGAGAGGAGCAAACUAGCUGCUUCUUCAUGGGUCAAUGCUGCUUUAGCCACCAAUUUGUCACCCUUCUCCCUAUACACCACAGAGACAAAGCAAGGGGCUCCAACUACCACUCCCACCCCAAUCCUAGUCCUCAGCAGCCACACUGCCGCCAAAACGUCAUCAGCUUCAAAGUCCCAACCCAAACCCCGCCAACCAAAGAAUGCCGCUUCAGGAAUGAUUCCCCGGCGGCUAUCUGAUGUGGGCCAGAAACCAAAGCCCGCCUUGCCUCCAAGAGAAUGGGCCAGAGGGUGCGGGCUUGAUGAGGCGGUGGACCUGGCCCAGAUGCUGCGGGCCGAGUCUCAAGACUGGUUCUUGGGAUUCGUCGAGAAGUUUCUAGAUGCUGACGUGGAUGUCUCGGCUCUGUCUGACAAUGGCCAAAUAGCUGGCAUGCUGACUCAGCUGAAGAGCGUGAACGACUGGCUGGAUGAGAUUGCCAGAGCGGGAAGGGAUGGAGGUGACGAUGCUGAGGAAACAUCUCGCGUCUCCUUGGAAACAACGGAUAGGAUACGAAAGAAGAUAUACGAGUAUCUGCUUACACACGUUGAAUCUGCGGCUGCUGCACUUGGUGGUGCCAGUUCGCAGCAGCCAUUGACAACACCAGAAACCAAAAUGAGAAGAUGAAUUUUUUUCUUUUCCCCCUUUCUUUUUCAUGUUUAUACAAUCUUUCCUUGAGUUCUUGCUUAGUUGCCCAGAUAAAAGUGUGCAUGAAAUGUAUAUAGAUUCGUUUCUCCUUUACAAACAGUUAUGUUUCAUUACUUUCAUUCUUAACUUGCCACUAUACACAAGAAACUGUGUAGGAGAUGGAGGACACUGGAAAGCAACUUUUCCUUGUGUGAUGUGGAAUCAUUGUUGGUAGAAUUUGUUGAUAAAGAAAAUGGGAACACAUGG